AUGCAUGAAGCCAAACCCAUUAGUACUCCCAUGGCCACCUCCACCAAUCUCAAUGCCUUUGACAGUGAGGAUUUCAAUGAACCCACAUUAUUUCGCAACACAGUUAGAGCCCUACAAUACUUGUCAGUCACUCGUCCAGACAUAGCCUUCACAGUUAAUAAAUUAUCCCAGUUCAUGCACUCACCAAAAUUUGAUCACUGGCAAGCAGUAAAACGUCUACUUCAGUAUCUAAAACAAACAAUCAGCUAUGGUCUCUCUUUUAUCAAGUCAGCCAACACUACUCUACAAGCUUUUUCAAAUGUUGAUGGGCAAGUUCUCGUGAUGAUCGACGCUCAACAGGAAGUUUUUGUGUGUUUCUUGGGCCGAACCUUAUCUCAUGGAGUUGCAAAAAGCAAGCCACAGUUGCUCGUUCAAGCACUGAAGAUGAAUAUAAAGCACUCGCCAAUAUAG